ACACUCAUGGACUCCACCACGGCGACGGCCGAGCUGGGCUGGACAGUGCAUCCUCCCUCUGGGUGGGAAGAGGUGAGCGGCUACGAUGAGAACAUGAACACGAUCCGGACGUACCAGGUGUGCAACGUCUUUGAGUCCAGUCAGAACAACUGGCUGCGGACCAAGUACAUCCGGCGGAGGGGCGCUCACCGCAUCCACGUGGAGAUGAAAUUCUCCGUCCGGGACUGCAGCAGCAUCCCGAACGUUCCCGGCUCCUGCAAGGAGACCUUCAAUCUCUACUACUACGAAUCGGACUUCGACUCGGCCACCAAGGCCUUUCCCAGCUGGAUGGAGAACCCUUGGGCAAAGGUGGACACCAUUGCGGCUGACGAGAGCUUCUCCCAGGUGGACCUGGGGGGCCGUGUAAUGAAGAUCAAUACUGAGGUGCGCAGCUUCGGCCCGGUCUCCAAGAAUGGAUUCUAUCUGGCAUUCCAGGACUACGGGGGCUGCAUGUCCUUAAUCGCUGUCAGGGUUUUCUACCGCAAGUGCCCCCGUGUGAUCCAGAAUGGGGCCGUGUUCCAGGAGACGCUCUCGGGAGCCGAGAGCACUUCACUGGUGGCUGCCAGGGGCUCGUGCAUUCCCAACGCGGAGGAGGUGGACGUCCCCAUCAAGCUGUACUGCAACGGGGACGGGGAGUGGCUGGUGCCCAUUGGCCGGUGCAUGUGCAAGGCUGGCUACGAAUCGGUGGAGAAUGGCACCGUCUGCAGAGGCUGCCCAUCGGGGACGUUCAAGGCCAGCCAAGGGGAUGAAGGGUGCGCUCACUGCCCAAUUAACAGCCGGACCACGUCAGAAGGGGCCACCAACUGUGUGUGCCGAAAUGGCUACUACCGGGCAGACUCCGACCCCCUGGACAUGCCCUGCACCACCAUCCCAUCUGCCCCCCAGGCCGUGAUCUCCAGCGUGAAUGAGACGUCACUGAUGCUGGAGUGGACCCCGCCGCGGGACUCUGGGGGCCGCGAGGACCUGGUCUACAACAUCAUCUGCAAGAGCUGUGGUUCGGGGCGCGGGGCGUGCACCCGCUGCGGGGACAAUGUGCAGUUCUCCCCACGCCAGCUGGGCCUGACGGAGCCUCGCAUCUACAUCAGUGACCUGCUGGCCCACACCCAGUACACCUUUGAGAUCCAGGCCGUGAACGGGGUCACCGACCAGAGCCCCUUCUCUCCGCAGUUCGCCUCGGUCAAUAUCACCACCAACCAAGCUGCCCCGUCUGCCGUCUCCAUCAUGCACCAGGUGAGCCGGACUGUGGACAGCAUCACCUUGUCAUGGUCUCAGCCUGACCAGCCCAAUGGAGUCAUCCUGGAUUAUGAGCUGCAGUACUAUGAGAAGGAUCUGAGUGAAUUCAAUGCCACAGCAGUGAAGAGCCCCACCAACACCAUGACUGUGCAGAACCUCAAGGCUGGCACCAUCUACGUCUUCCAGGUGCGGGCGCGCACCGUGGCGGGGUACGGGCGCUACAGCGGCAAGAUGUACUUCCAGACCAUGACCGAAGUGACACCUGGGAUGAAGAUUUACAUUGACCCCUUCACCUACGAGGAUCCCAAUGAGGCCGUCAGGGAGUUUGCAAAGGAAAUUGACAUCUCUUGUGUCAAAAUUGAGCAGGUGAUCGGAGCAGGGGAGUUUGGGGAGGUGUGCAGUGGGCACCUCAAGCUGCCUGGCAAGAGAGAGAUCUUCGUGGCCAUCAAAACGCUGAAGGCGGGUUACACGGAGAAGCAGCGACGGGACUUCCUGAGCGAGGCCAGCAUCAUGGGGCAGUUCGACCACCCCAACGUCAUCCACCUGGAGGGCGUGGUCACCAAGAGCGCCCCGGUCAUGAUCAUCACCGAGUUCAUGGAGAACGGCUCCCUGGACUCCUUUCUGCGGCAAAACGACGGGCAGUUCACGGUCAUCCAGCUGGUGGGCAUGCUGCGGGGCAUCGCGGCGGGGAUGAAGUACCUGGCCGACAUGAACUACGUGCACCGGGACCUGGCCGCCCGCAACAUCCUCGUCAACAGCAACCUGGUCUGCAAGGUGUCCGACUUCGGCCUGUCCCGCUUCCUGGAGGACGACAGCUCAGAUCCCACCUACACCAGCGCCCUGGGGGGGAAGAUUCCGAUCCGGUGGACGGCGCCGGAGGCAAUUCAGUACCGGAAAUUCACCUCGGCCAGCGACGCGUGGAGCUACGGCAUCGUCAUGUGGGAGGUGAUGUCCUACGGGGAGCGGCCCUACUGGGACAUGACCAAUCAAGAUAUCUGCUCCUGACCCCAGAUGUGGCCUCGCACGGAAUCAC